AUGGGCCGGCUUCAGGACGUGACCCGCUUCCUCUUGGCGGCCGGAGGCUCUGCCUCUGCCGACGGCAAAUCAACUCAUCUCUUCCACGAGGAGAAGAAUGCCUUGUUUAUGGAGACUUGGACCGGAUCCGAGCUUACCAACAGGCAACAAGUGGUGACUGGAGUCAGGACUGACACAGCAGCACCUCUUGUGUCCUUGCACUACAAUAGAGUCUUUGUUGUAGACCAGACACACGCCCUCAGAUGCUUCACAGAGACUGAGAAAGCCGAGAAUGAACACGAUAGUGAUGACGAAGAAGAAGAAGAAGACACCGUCUGGGAGGACGAGGAGUUGGACGGCUUGGACAUUAAAGUCCACGACAAAAGCCAGCUUGCCGUCGCCUGCGGUAAAAUUACAAUCGUAGUAUUCUAUCAGAACGCCGAUGGUACGAUCGGCGCCAUUGAAGAUGACGGCCACCAUGGAUGGAAGAUUGCUCAACUCCCACACUCCGAGGCUCUUCCCGGAACCCCCAUGGCCAGCUUCCAAGCCAAAGACGCCGUAUACUUUGUCUAUGUUGCGGCGGACCAAACUUUUCGUUAUUUGGAGCAUAGCAACGAUGAGUGGAAAGACGCACCCUUUUCGAGUGCCAAGAUAGAGGGAGCCACUGCCAAAAUAUCUCUUGCCGAAGACGAGAAAGCAGAGACUGACCCGAAACUCUUGAUCUUUUGUCUCGCUGACAAUAAGCUGUCCACAAUCAAGCCGGGAAGCACCGAAGCAGAAACCUGGGGCACAGUGGAAGACGGAGUGUAUAAGCCGACGUCUGAUCAGGAGAAUAACGGGUCGCCACAGGGAAGCAUUCCGAUUCCCUUCCACCCCGGGUCUCUCUUCAUCUACUCGUCUGGCCCUCCGCCUCCUCCACCUCCUCCUGUUGUCCCCGCGUUUUUCCCUGUUGCUUCCCCUUUUGCUUGUUACGAAGAUUUCGGCCAAUUGAGCUUGAGGGAUGAUGCUCAGUAUCAACAGCCUCUUUAUCGCCCCCAGCCCCCUCCUCCUUAUGAAUAUGCUUAUGGUCGUUUCAAUGACCGUUACUAUGAGUCCCAAGACGAGCCUAUGCUUAGGCAAUCUACUCAGCGGCCUGAUGCGAGAUCUGGUCCGCAGCCCCAUUAUGAUCCUUCCUGGCAGGGGUCUUACCAGCACCCUUAUCGGGCUCGUGAUAUGUAUCAGCAGGAUCCUUACCAGCGAGAUCCUUAUUAUCAGGAUCGUUACCCGCAGGACUAUUAUCAACGGGACCCUUACCAGCGGGACCCUAACCAGCCUCCUCCUCAGGACUUCUCCCGGCAACAGAAUCUGCCACAAGAGCUUCAACGUCAACAACAGGGUCCUCUUCAAGAGUCCUCGCGACAACAACAGCAACAACAACCUCCUCUACAGGAACUUCAGCGUCGACAACAGCCUCCUCUACAGGAGACUCAGCGCCAACAGCAGCCUCCUGUCCAGGAGAUUCAACGUCGGCAGGAGCCGGUUCAUCGCGCACCUACGGUUGAGGAUGGAGAAGAAGAAGAUGACGAUGAUGACUCUCCUCCCCAGUCUCAACCUCCGCCUCCGCCUCCGCCCCAGCCUCAGCCUCAAACGCAACGCCAACCUGCUCCUGUACCCAAUGCUGAAGAGACUCAACAACGACGACAACAACAACAGCAGCAGCAGCAGCCACAACAACAUCUUCCCCCUUCGCCCACAAUCAAGACUGAAGAUGACCCGGAAGCCUUUCGGCGACACCGUCCCCUGAUGCAGGAUCGGCAUGCUCGUGGCAUUUGGCCUGAGGAGACUACGAAGACGAAUUCCUCCAGCAUUUCCGGCGUUACCGCCGAGAAGCACUUGAGCGUGAUCGUCAAGAUGAACUUCGGCGUGCUGCUCGUCAGGAAUUACUUGAGCGUGACCGUCAAGAAGAAGAACUCCGGCGUGCUCGUCAAGAAGAACUUCGGCUUGCUCGCCAAGAAGAAGGCUUUCGGCGUGCUCAUCAAGAAGAGCAUUCCCGUGCUCGUCGGCCUCCCCCUCAACAUCGUGGUUUCGACUAUGAGCCUCACCAUCCCUAUUUGA